AUGGAGCAUUUUGAUCUCAUCGUUGUGGGAGCUGGAUGGCAUGGACUUGCUAUGGCCAAGACGUACAUCGAGGUACACAACCAAGCGAGCAUCCUAGUUCUCGACUAUGCGGACUCCGUCGGUGGCACCUGGGCUAGCGAACGACUAUAUCCCGGCUUGAAGACGAACAACGUCGUCGGCACGUACGAGUUCAGCGAUUUCCCCCUGGUAACCGAGAAGUAUGGCAUCGAGAAGGGGCAGCAUAUCCCUGGUGAAGUCGUACAUGCGUAUCUCUCCGAUUUCUGCCAAACCUUCGGGUUGAUGUCAUGCAUCCGGUUCAGGACCAAGGCGGAAUCCGCCACCUUGCUUCCUAACGAGGAAUGGGAGGUUGCCUUCACGACGUCAACAACCGAGACGGAAUCGUGCGGCACGCUAAUCGCCACGAAGCUGGUUUUGGCCACUGGCCUGACCUCACAACCCUUCAUGCCUCCGCUUCCUGGGAAAGACGUUUUCAAGGGCCUGGUGUUCCAUGCUAAAGAUUUCAAGAAGCGGGCGCGAGAGUUGUCGGAUGUGAAGACAGUUGUGGUUAUUGGAGGCAACAAAUCCGCCUGGGACGUCUGCUACAGUUCCGCGGCUCGUUUCGGUGCCCGAGCGCAUAUGGUCAUGAGAAGGUCAGGUGGUGGCCCCAGUUGGUGCUGGCCGCCACGGGUGAAAGGUGUCAUUCCGUCUAUCUCGAUCGCCUCGGCGACACGACUGUUCACAUGGUUUGAUCCGAACCCUUACGGGCGCUCUGCUUGGCCGAUUCGGGUGUUGAUCAACCGCACAUGGCUUGGCAGGAAGCUGUCUCAGCUUUUCUGGAGGUAUCUGGACAACAAAGUCACGAAGCUGAACGCUUAUGACCAGAGCCCGGGGAUGGCAGUCCUAAAGCCUUGGACCUCGACGUUCUGGAUGGGCAAUUCAUUGAGUGUCCACAACUAUGAGACCAACUGGUUUGACUUGGUCAGGAGUGAACAGAUCACUGCCCACGCGGGGGAGGUUUCCUCCUUGUCAGAGUCCGGUGUCCGCCUAACAGACGGCACCACCAUCGAGGCAGAUGCCGUCAUUUGCUGCACGGGGUGGGAGACGAAACCAAGUUUGCAGUUCUUCCCGGAGGAUAUCGUCUAUAAACUUGGAUUUCCUAGCUCUGGAAAGGAGGAACCAGUGCUUGAAGCGCAAGUCAGAGCUGACAUCCUCCAGGCCGCACCUGUGCUACGAGAGAAGCCAGUCAAGCAUCUGCCGCGCAACCUCCGCCAAGAACAGACCAACGUCACUACAUCUGAGGAACCCCCAUCUUCGAUGCCCUACCGGUUGCACCGCUUCAUACUCCCCUGCCACCUUAACUUCAUCCGGACGAAGAAUCUUGCCGUCAUCGGUGCACACAUCACCUUGCAUACGGCUAUUCUGUCACAGGUCCAGUCUCUGUGGAUCACAGCACUCUUUGAUGACAAGAUUCCCCAUCUGGCCCUUGGGUCUCCCAAGGCUCUUGAGUUGGAUGCCAUCAAGCGAGAGGCGUACCACCACACCGAAUACCAAAAGAUCAGGCGACCCAAGGAGGCCGGAGGCACCGGAGAACGGUGCCCUGACCUGGUGUUUGACAGUAUUCCUUAUGUGGAUAUGCUUCUGUUUGAUCUGGAUCUAAGCUACCACAGAAAGCCGACUUGGUAUCGGGAAAUCACCGAGCCAUACACGCUCGCCGACUUCCGAGGUCUUGUGCGAGAAUGGACUCGCAAGACAAAGUAA